UUAUUUGAUCAAGUCAAACAGCCAACGAGCCAAUAAAAUGAGUUUUGCUGUGUCUCUUCCUUUUUUUUUCUAUAUUCUUGUUUGUUUCCUUUUCCUAAUUUGCAUAAAUGGACCCUCCAAUAUCGGAAGAUGAAGCGUAUGCUCGUUUGCUGCAGCAAGAAGAAGACCAACUGUAUAAGCAACAACAGACCCAAGCCGACGAACUCGAUGCCGCUUUAGCUCAAUUCCUUCAGGAUGAGGAAAACGCAGCUUCGCCUGUCACCGAGACCUCCUCGAAUCAUCAAGUGUAUGAUCCCAAUCCUGAUCUGCACGAACUGUUUCUUGCGUUUAAUCAGCUCUAUUUCGAUGGAAAACUGGAUAUGGUCGAGGUAAAAUGGUCCCAACGCAUGACCUUAUGUGCGGGACUGUGCGAAUAUCGAAACGGAGGUUUGUGCACCAUCAAAAUGUCAGAACCACUGUUAAAAUUUCGGUCACGCCAAGAUAUGGUGGAUACGCUUUUGCACGAAAUGAUUCAUGCGUUACUAUUUGUCACAAAGAACUUUGAUGAUCAUGAAUCACAUGGGCCAGAAUUUCUUCGCGUGGCAGCUCGUAUUAAUGCGCAGGCAGGCACCAAUAUUACUGUUUAUCACAACUUUCAUGAUGAAGUGGAUUAUUAUCGAACCCAUGUUUGGCAAUGCGAUGGUGUUUGUCAAACAAAACCUCCUUAUUUUGGGAUAGUGAAACGAUCCAUGAAUAGACCGCCUCAGCCCGCCGAUUCAUGGUUUGCAGACCAUCAACUUACGUGUGGAGGCCAGUUUCAUAAAAUCUCGGAACCCGAACGCAAGCGAAAGAAGGGAUCGCGUCAAGAUCCCAAGCAGAAAGACAUUACCCAAUUUUUAACUCGUCCCUCAUCCUCCUCUUCCAGUAAAGAAGAAGCGCCGUCGCCUACCAAAAGGUCCAAAGUGGAAAAGUCAAAAUGCGGACAAGGCAAGGACAUAGAUAAACAUACCCAACUUGGGUAAAAAAAAACUCUAUGCAGGAUGGCUCGCUCGUUAUAUAAUGCAUAUCCUGUCUCAUCCCCAUGAUUCCCUCUUUUUUUUUCUUUUUUGUUUCCCCACGUCUCUUUUUCUUUUAGUGUUUUCUUCUCCUUGCUACCCCACAG